AUGUUUGACAGCCGCUCGCAGCCCAUAACGCCUCUGGCGUUCGCGGGCCUCGGCCUAGGCCUUCUCUGCUGGGCGUUUCUUCACCAGUUCCGGGUAUACUACCGCCUCCGGCAUUUUCCCGGUCCCUUCUUUGCUCGUUUCACAAACUUGCAACGCGUCUUCUGGGUGCAAACCGCACGAUCUCAUGAGAUCCAUACGCAAAUGCACAACCGCUAUGGCGACUUUGUGAGGAUGGGCCCCAACAUGAUCUCCAUUUCCGACGCGAAUCUGAUUCCGGCUGUGUAUCCUAUCCGGCCGGGUGUUCCAAAAGGCAACUUCUAUCGGACUCUGAUGCCCUACUCGCGCCAGGGAUCGGCCAUGCCACUCAUCUUCAACACACGAGACGAGGCCCUCCACAUGAAGCUGAAGAAGCCCAUCGCGCCCAUCUUCUCUCUUUCGAAUGUCCUCACCUUUGAGAAGUAUGUGGACCAGAUCCUCGACCUGCUGUUUACUCAGCUGGACCAGCGGUUUGUCGGACGCGAAACCCCGUUCGAUCUCGGAGAGUGGCUGCAAUUCUUUGCCUUUGAAGUCAUGGGCACCAUGACUUUUUCCCGCCAAUAUGGGUUCCUGGAAAAGGGAUGUGACGGCAACGGUCUGCUGGGGGCUAUCUGGAAUUAUAUGAAGACCGCGGCGCCUAUUACUCAAAUCCCCUGGUUCGAUCUCGUGUGGUACAAAAACCCUUUGGCCGCCGCCCUCCGUCCGACGACGGGGAUGCCAAUUCUCAACAUCGUCCGAAGCGCCAUCGAGGAGCGGCAGGCAACCCUACAAAAGAAACCGAAGCCGAAAUCAACCGGCGACGACGAGGCUGCUAACCGAGGCGACUUUCUCUCCCGAUUCUUUCACGUCCAGAUGAAAGACCCAUCUGUACCGCCCUGGGCAGUAACAGCCUGGACAUUCUCCAACGUGAUCGCCGGCUCCGACUCCACCGCCGUCGUGAUGAAAACCCUCUGGUACAACCUCCUCACCCACCCCAACUCGAUGCAAAAACUCUCCGACGAGCUCGCACAAGCUAAAUCAAAAAUAACCCGACCCUAUCCCACCUGGACCGAGGUCGCCUCCCUGCCCUACCUCGAUGCGUGCGUCAACGAGGCGAUAAGACUGCAUCCCCCGUUUUGUCUGCCGUUGGAGCGGGUGGUGCCUAAGGAGGGGAUGUCGAUCGGGAAUGGGGACGCCCAGCGCUUUCUCCCCGGCGGGACGGUGAUCGGUAUGAACCCUUGGGUUGUGAACCGGCAUCGCCCGACGUUUGGGGACGAUGCGGAUGUGUGGCGGCCGGAGCGGUGGUUGGUGGGCGCGGACCGGUAUCGUGCUAUGGAGGGGAGUGUUUUGACGUUCGGGGCUGGCCGGCGUGUCUGUCUGGGUAAGAACAUUGCGUUGUUGGAGCUGAAGAAGCUGACUUCUGCUCUGGUGCUGAACUACGAGACUACAAUCUUGGAUGCUGCGCAGUUUCAGGUGGAAAAUCGUUGGUUUUUUCGUCAGUGGGACUUGCAAGUGACCAUCAAGCGACAAUCUUGA